CCCGUGUAUUCAGUGAGAGACAUUUGCCCACAUUCGAGCUCCGUUCGUGCCGCUGCUCCAAGAACGCUGCUUCCCUCUCUAUUCCACCCGCUAGUUAAUUUUCUUUUCUUCACCAUUGUUAUGGGUUCCGCUCUCGACGACCAGACGCUAGUUCAUUCCGCUGUCGAGAACACUAGUUAAUCUCGUGUUGGCAGUUACAGAGCCAUUCGUCAUCAGACCACGAGAGCCAGGAGUUUAGGAAAACGUCGUAUUGGAAAGUCGACAGAGCGCAGAGAGGCAGAGAGGCAGAGAGGCAGACUUGACUCUUGAGUCCCACGACGCUCUUGAUAGACGCCAACGCUGACGUUCUCCCCUUUUUUUACGUUCUUGCACGUUUUCGCGUGGGGCUUAGAGCCCUUAAUACGCUUAAGUAAGCGCAGGGCAGAGUCCUCGUUGCUCCGACCAGAUCCAUGGGCGGCAACGGGUGAAAUACGUCGAAUCAACCCGCUCCAACGUUCCGUGCCUAUUGGGACAUACGGGCAACGUGCCGGAAAGGAGCCGGCUGCAGCGGCUGGUUGACGAGUCCGACUCGUUGCCCGCGGGGACGGUGUUAGCAGGCGGGGCCGCGCUGUUAAAGAAUAUGACAAAAACGGGCGGAGGACCUCCAGGGCAUACGCCUGCGACUCCGUAUUUUACGCCGCCACAUUCGCCGCCGCCUUCUGCGCCGUUUUCUGCGCCGUGUGACGUGGCGAGCAACUCCGCUCGACAGCGGCCAGCACGGCAGCCUUCGAGCUCGAUAACGCGGCAGCGGCCUUUCAGAACAACCACCGUGCCUUCCGAACAACCAUCCUACUACGUGUCCGUUUGGCGGCAACUCCAACUCUACCCUGCUUCCGCUACUACUAGUACUACUACUACAACGAUGACCGCUCCGCCAGCAGUCGCGCGGCGGCGUCCGCGCGUUCCCCUCGCUCCGCUCAUGCUCGCGCUCAUGCUGCUCGUGAUCCCGCUGGCCUCCCCGUCGUCCGCAACCGCCGCGGCGGAGAGCACGCGCGAAAGCCGCGGACGCCCGCGCUGGUUCUGGCGGAACACGCCCGCGCCCGGCGGCGGGGGCUGGCGGGAGCUCCCCCGCGAACGGCGGAGAUGGACGGAUAAAGCAGCGCCGGAGGAGGAAGACGCGCCGCCGCUGGAGGUGAAUUCCCCGACGAAUCUACGGGCGACGAAUCCGCUGUAUCCACGGGUGGCGACGAAUCAACGGACGACGAUGAAUCCACGGGCGGCGAUGCACUCACCAUCGGAGUAUAAACCGGCGGUGAGGGUCGGUUCUCGUCAAGGGCUGCGGCUGCCGUGGGGGAAGGCGCGGGCCGGCCCCGAUGCCAUCAUUGAAGUGCGGUCGUUUGCGCCGAAUGCGGAGGCGAGGGGGAGGAGUGUCGAGGAGGAGGACUAUGCGGAGCGAGGAGGAACCGGCGACUCGAUGCGAAGGGGACCGGCGGGGUCAUGGGACGAGGGGGGUGUGCGGCCCAUUUGGCCUAGUAGGCGUAGUAGGCCUAGUAGGCCUACUCGUAUGCAUGAAGGGGCAGAUCAUUACGAGGACGACCGGUUUUACGAGGGGGAGAAUGACCGAGAUUGGACGGAUUCCGUCAGUUCGUGGACGGAACGUGACGGCUGGUGGGCGCCGAGUGAUUUUAGUGCUGGGGUGGAGGGUGACGCCGUCAACGCAGCCGGCCAUGGGUGGACAGAAACUGACGGAACUUUGACGGAGCGCGGGCCGCGUGACUGGUCAGAGCAGGAUGCGGCAAUAAACCGAUGGAAGCAGGCACCACCAGAGGAGUCUGACGCUGACGGAGGACGUUUGUGGACGGAGACGGACAACGACUGGCAGACGGAUUCCGUCAGCGAGCUGGCGGACGGCUUCGUUUACCGUCAGGGCAGCGACGAAUCCGGUGACGACGAGGGGAGUCUAAGUUCGUGGGCAGACGAAGUAUGGGAGGAGGAGGGGGAGGAGGAGGAGGAGGAGGAGGAGGAGGAGGAGGGGAAGGGGGAGGAGGAGGAGGGGGAGGGGGAGGGGGAAGAGGAGGAGUCAAGAGAGGGAGAUGCACUACCAACGAGGGGCGAGGAGGAAGAGAGGGACGUGGCGGUAGUAGCGAGAGGGCGCGGGGGAGUGCUCGGCGGGGGGAGAAGCGGAGAAGGAGAAUUGGCGCCGUCAGCGGUGUGGUUCCAGCAGAGCCAGAGCCGGCGGAAUGGCGGCAGGAGAAGUGGAAUGGGGGGGAGAAACGGCAGGCGAAACGGCAUGCGAAACGACAGGCGAAAUGACAGGCGAAACGGCGGACGAAACGGCAGGCGAAACGGCGGGCGAAACGUGAAGAGAGAUGGCGUGAGGAGCGGCGGCAGCAGGAGCGGUGAUGGUGUGGAAAUGACGAGGGAGAGGCGAGGGCGCGCUAUGACAAGGCGGAGCCAAACACGAAAGUCUAUUUUUGAGGCGCCUCAAAAAAGGGAGCGGCGAGGGCGCGCUAUGACAAGGCGGAGCCGAACACGACAGCUCGACGCGAAGCACAGGGACACUGCUGGUGGCGGCGGUGGUGGUGCGCCUAUGGCUGCCGGUCUAGCCUCUGCUGGUGCAGCAGCAGCAGCAGCAGCAGCAGAAGCAGGAGCAGGAGCAGCAGGAGGAGGAGGAGGAGAAGGGAGCAGCAACCUUCUGGUUAACCCGAGCUUCGAGGAGGUGUCGUCAGCAGCAGACGGCCAGCAGCCCCUGGGAUGGGCCGCCAAUGGUACUGUCUCCGUGCGCUGCCUUCUUUCUGCCAACAGCAGCACUUCCAGUGCUGGCAAUCGCACCGCCACCAGCAGCAGCAGCAGCAGCAGCAGCAGCAGGGGGAGCAAGAGCGGGCCGAGCUACAGCCUGCCUUCCGCCCCUAUUGCGCCGGCUCAUGGCCGCUGCGUCGCCCUCCUUGCUGCCGGCUGCUCUCUUCACUCUCUCCCCUCCUCCUCCUCCUCCUCCUCCUCCUCCUCCUCCUCCUCCUCCUCCUCCUCCUCCUCCUCCUCCUCCUCCUCCUCCUCCUCCUCCUCCUCCUCCUCCUCCUCCUCCUCCCCCCCCCCCUCCCCAUCGCCCUGUCACGGCUCCCUAUCCCAAGCAGUGCCAACAGUCCCAGGCGCAACGUACCUCCUGCAGCUCUCUAUUGCGCCCGUUCCCCUGCCCUUCGCCCCCCCCUCGCCCUUCUCCCUGCAGAUCCUGCUGGGGAAUCAAUCGGUGCUGCUGGCAGCGCAGGGCGGACGGGGGAGUGGCGGAGGGGGGAGUGCGCCAGGAAGCUCCAGCACACCUCCUGCUGCUGUUUCUGCUGCUGCUGCUGCUGCUGCUGCUGCUGCUGCUACAACCGGUUCUGCUGUAGCACCUGCAGCAGCACCUGCAGCCUAUGCAGCAGCAGCAGAGGCGGCGCUGUCGUUCCAUGUGGCGUGGGUGCAGUUCGUGGCAACUGAGGCAUCAACGGUGGUGACCUUGAUGGUGGAGGGUGGCAGGAAUGCAACCAUGGUCGAUGCAUUGUCGCUCCUGAUGCUGCCGGCUGGCAGUGGUGGCAGUGGUGGCAGUGGAGGGAGUGGUGGGAGUGGUGGAAGUGGUGGGAGUGGUGGUGGCAGUGGAAAUAUCACAGGCACACCCCCACUCCUACAGUUCCCUCCUCCUUCCUCCUACUCCUCCUCCUCGGGCUCUCCCCCGCCUUUCAUUCUCUCAGGUGAUGUAUCCCUUGUCAACUCCACCUCCUCCUCCUCCUCCUCCUCUGAUUCCUCCCAAGGCCCUUCCGCCGCCUCAAUUAUCCUUGGCGGGAACAACAGCAAAAGCAGCAGCAGCAGCAGCGGCGGCAGCAACAACAACAGCGGCAGCGGAUCGAUUUUCUAUGCCCAGCCGUUCUACAUCCUUCCCAGUUUCGGCUCUGAUUCUACUCCGAAUUCCUCCCUCUCUUCCGCCUCACCCUCCUCCCCCUCCUCUUCGUGCAACGCUUCCUCCUUCUUCACUUCCUUUACCUUCUCUAUCAGCAAAGCAGCCCCCUCCUCUUCCUCCUCCUCUGAUUCUCCUCCCUCCUCCACCCCAGCACCACCCGACAGUAUUGCUCUCGUCUUCUCCCCUCUCCCAACAACCACUCCCCUCUGCCCCAUCGUCACCACCACCAACUCUUCCCCUGCCUCUACUUCCCCCUCGUGCCUUUGCUUCGGUGCAAACUCCUCCUCCUCCCCUUCCUCCUCCUCCCCUUCCUCCUCCUCCUCCCCUCCCUCCUCCUCCUCCCCUUCCUCCUCCUCUUCCUCCGCCUCCCUCUCCUCCCAACUCUUGGCUUGUCCCCCUCGCCUCAUAAUCCAAAUCGACACUUGGCCAGCUAAAUCUAACAGCAGCAGCAGCAGCGGCGGUGGCACCAACAGUAGCAGCGGUGGCACGGAGGGAGCGACAGCAGCAACAGUAGGUAUCGGCAGCAUGACCACUUCCACGCAAUGGCUCGCUUUCAACUCCACUGCUGCACUGCUCUCGCCUGCUGCUCCUGCUGCUGCCCCUACUGCCACUGAUGCCACCGCCGCCACUGUUGCUGCUGCUGUUGCUGCUGCUGCUGCUGCUGCUGCGACAGAUGUGACAGUAUCGGUGGAGUACUGUGCACAACUGCAGUUGGUAACAGUGGCUAUCAACCUGACUCCGCCCCUCUUGUCACCAAACGCUGCAAGCAGCAGCAGCAGCAGAAGCGAGAGUGGUAAGGUUUCCCUCAUUCCGUCUUGCCCAAUGACUUCUGCUCUCACCACCACCACCAGCGACAGCAGCAGCAGGACAGCACAAGUGGUGGUGAGCGCACAUGUGAACCUGUGCGAGGUCAUGGCUUGGUCCACUAACAGCAGCACCAGCACCAGCAGCAGCAGCACCAGCAGCACCAGCAGCAGCAGCAGCAGCAGCAGGGAUGCACGCAGCGUGCUAGCUUCUCCUUCCCCUCCUUCUCCUGCUGCUGCUGCUGGUUCCGCUGCUGCCGUAACAGCUGAAGCGGACAACACAAGCCAGCCUUCUUCCUCUUCCUCCUCCUCCUCCUCCUCCUCCUCCUCCCCAAUGCCCCUCUUCCUCGGGCUAGCCGCAUCGUCUGGCAGUGGCAGCAGUGGGGGUGGCGGUGCUGGGGGUGGUGGCGCUGCGGCCGGGAGACAGUUCAUCGUACACACUUGGAUGGGCGCAGACACCAUCACAGUACUCAACUCCACCAAUGCCCCUCCAAACGGCGGAGGGAGCGGGGGGGACGGCAGGGAUACCGCACCUCCCUCGGCCCCUCCGCCACCAGAACCAUCACCACCACUACCACCAGCACCACCAUCACCAGCACCACCAUCACCAGCACCACCAGUACCAGUACCAGCGCCAGAACCAGCACCGGCAUCAGGAUCCUCCGUCAGCACCAGUCCAUGGCUCAUCGCGACUAUAGCCAUCGGGGCAUCGCUCAUGGUGGUGCUGGGGGCCAUUUUCCUCGUGCUGCUGCUGCGCCGCAGAGCCCGCCAUAGUGCACGCGUGGCAGGAGGCAUCGAUUCGGGGGAUGCUCCUAGCUGGAAGGGGAAAAAGGAGGCGUAUGGAAGAGACGGCGUAGCCUAUGGCAUGGCUGCCAAACGUAUUGGGUCAGGAAUGCAAGGUGGGCCGCCGGUGGGGGGUGACGGAAUGGGGCUGGGUCACGCGGGAAUGGAUGGCCCAGGAGGAGGUAUGGGCGGAGGUAUGGGCGGAGGCAUGGACGGAGGUAUGGACGGAGGUAUGGGCGGAGGCAUGGACGGAGGUGCGGGGGCAGGAAUGGGCGGAGGAAUGGGGGGGGGAAUGGCAGGAACGGGAGCAGCAGCAGCAGCAGCAGCAGCAGUGGGAGUAGCUGGAGCAGCAGCAGCCGUUGCAGCGGGAAGAAAGCCCCAAAGCACAGACCCAACCCAUCCACCCGGCUCAGCAAACGCAACAGCAGCAGCAUCAGCAGCAGCAUCAGGAGCAGGAGCAGCAGCAGCAGUAGAUGUGGGAUUAGCACCCAUCCCACUGUCUCCCGCCCGCACCAGCAGCAGCGGCACCACCUCCCCUCUCCGCCUCUUCCGCCUGGCAGAACUUCGCCGGGCCACGGCAAGCUUCCACCCGCGCAACCUGCUAUCUCGGCAGCUAGAAGCAGCCAGUCAGGAUGAGCAGGACCCAGAUGCCCCUUCCGUCUCCCGCAACCCCUCAUUCAGCUUCCGAGGCAUUGCAAGGGAUGGCGGGUCUCUCGGAUCUAACGGCUCCUCUGGCUCGUUUGGCUCCCUUGGUGGCAGCGGCCGGGGGUUGGGGGGUGGGAGUGGGAGGAUGGGGGGGGAGGGGAGCGGGAGGGAGGGCGGCGUGGUGGCGGGGGCGUAUGGGGACAUGUAUGCGGCGCGCACGGACGGCGGGAGCGCGUGGGCGGUGAAGCGGUUCAAUGCGGAGGCGCGCGCGGGGGACGCCGGGCCCGAAGCCUUUGGGAGAGAGGUGGCGGUCUUUGCAGCCAUAUCGCACCGGCGCCUGGCGCGCAUAGUGGGGCUGUGCCACGAGUGCGGGGAGCGCCUGGUGGUCUACGACCUGCACUCGCCCCUCUCCUCGCUCUUCUUCCGCCUGCACCGCGCUAGAGUGCACUUCCUCACGGCGCAGCAGCGGGUCAACGUGGCCAUAUCCCUGGCUGAGGGGCUCUCGUUCCUGCACUUGCGCUCGCCCCCGCUCGCCCACCGCAACGUCAAGCCCGCCAACGUGCUGCUGUCGCCCAACGCACACCACGCGAAGCUAACGGACUUCUGUUUCGCGCACCCAGCGCCAGACCAGGACGGGGUGUCGGUGCCGCUGCACGCCCAGGACGAGGGGUAUGUGGCGCCUGAGCUGCUGCUGCCGCCCGUGCUCUCCUUCUCCCCGGCAACGGAUGUCUACAGCUUCGGCGUGAUUCUCCUGGAGCUGCUCACGGGGCGGCUGGCCGUGAUGUCGGACCCAGAGGACCCCCAGGAACGACUCGUCAUCACCGACUGGGCCGUGCACUACAUUAACGAGAACCAGGUGGACCUUAUAACGGAUCCGCGGGUCUUCACCCCGGCCACAGCCCCUGGGUUCGCCGCGCUGGCCCUCCUAGCAACCGAGUGCAUCCACAUGCCCUCGGUGCGCCGCCCCGACAUGCCCUCCGUGCUCCACCGCCUCAUGGAUAUCCGGAGGAACGUGUUUGGGUUCCCGUCUAGGGCGCCGCCGGACCCGGGGUUUACUGGGGAUGGGGAGGGCGAGGGCGGGGGGUUGAGGGGCGGUGGUGGUAGUGGCAGGCUGGGGAGAGACGGGUUUGGGAGCGUGAGGAGGGGUGGUGAUGGGGGAAAUGGUGGUGGUAGCGGUGGUGCUGGUGGUGCUGGUGAUGGUGUUGGUGAUGGUGACGGUGGUGUAUAUAGUGCGAGCACGCAUGCGGUAGCAUCGAGCAGGGACGAAAGAUUCCCUACCGAGGCGAUGAGUGGGGCGGUGCCUUUAGUAGGUCUCGCCGCACUCGCUGUAGGAGCGGGUGGAGGAGACACAGAAGAAGAAGUGGAAGAAGAAGCAGGAGGAGAAGCAGGAGGAGAAGCAGGAGGAGAAGCAGGAGGAGAAGGAGGAGGAGGAGGUGAAAUGCCGCAGGGAGAAGGGUUUGGGUCACCUGCAGCUGCAGCAGCAGCAGUGGCAGCCGAAGCAGGACCACUACCACUGAUCACAGAGGAGGCCUCUGAGGAUAUGGUAGAGGCGAGGAGCAGUGGCAUGGAGGCCAGUUACCAAGCACCUUCCGACGGAGCAGAGGAGCUGUAUGGAACGGAGGAGGAGGAGGAGGAGGAGGAGGAGGAGCUAUGUGGAGUAAGGGAGCAAUCUGAAAUGGAGGUGCUGUCUGAAACUGGGGAGCUGUCCGCCAUGCCCAGUGCUGGCCUGUCGUCCAGUGUGAGUGGGAGCAUCACCAGUGACAUGAGUGUGGAGCACUCUACUGUGGAGCAAUCCGAUGGAGAGCGAUUCAGUGGAGAGCAAUACAGCAGGGAGCUAUUCAGUGGGGAGCAGUCUGUUGGAGAGCUAUUCAGUGCGCAGCAGUCCCUUGGGGAGCAGUUGAGUCUGGAUUUCAGCAGCAUAGAACGAGUGACUUCGGCGCCCGAUGCUCACUCCUCGCCGUUCUCUGCUGCUCUCGCUUCGCCGUCCGCCCCUGCCCCCGCGUCUGUUGCUGCCGCUGUUGUUGAUGUUGGUGCCGUCGCUGCUAUUGCCGCUGUCCCUGCCGGUGCAGCCGGUGCAGCCGGUGCUGCUGGUGCUGCCAAUGCUGCCCCUCAGGGUGCAAGCUCAGAAGCUCUUUUGCGUCCAGCUCCUUUCACCGCGCUACCCGCCGCUCCCACUGCCUCCACUCCUGCCACAGCCGAGCUUGGACUUGGCCUGGGCCUUGGGUUCGCAGCGGGGGGGAUGUACUUCUCCUCACUCAGUGCCAUAGAGAGCGGAGAUGAGGAAAGCGAGUCUGACUACAGCGAGGAUGAGAGGGCCCGCCUGACUCCGCCUUUUACUUAUGCUGCUUCUCCUGCUGCUGCUGCUGCUCUUUCUCCUCUUCCUCCUCCUGCUGCUGCCCUUCCUCCUCGUCCGCCUGCCAGUCCUGCUGCUCCUGCUCCUGCUCCUGCUGCUGCUGCUGCUGCUGCUGCUGCCGGGGACUCCCCCCCCCCUUUCAAAACGACAACGCCUGCCGCUGCCACCUUGCCAGCGGCUGAUUUUACUCCUGCUCCUCCUCCUGCCACCCCUGCUACUCCAUCUCACUUCCCCCCUGAUUUCCCUCCUGCUGAGCCGCUGUUUGACACACCAUCAAGCGCACCACCAGCACCUUCCUUGAACAUUCCUCCCCCAGCAGGAUUCUCCUCCCCCACCUUCACGUCUCCUCCUGCCACCAAAGCAGCUGCAGGGUCUGCAUGCUACUACACGGACUCGGGCGACAGUGACGUGGCUCAGAGUGAGAGUGCUGCUGCUAGUGUGGGUGGUGGUGCUGAUGGUGCUGAAGUGAGCUCUGCACUGCAGUAAGCAUGUUGUGGGCCGACUUGAUCAGCGGCCGCAGGAUCCGCGUGGUACUCCACGGACUCGGGUGACAGUGAUGUGGCUCAGCGGGAAACUGCUGGUGGGGCUGCUGCUGGUUCUGCUGAAGGGAGCUCUGCACCGCAGUAAGCAUGUUGUGAGCCCUUGCUGGAUCAGCAGCAGCGGGGUCCGCGUGGUACUAGUUGACGUUUGAGUCCCCGUUACGAGUCUAUUUUUGAGGCGCCUCAAAAAUGUCACAGUCCGUGUGCUACUACACUGACUCGAGUGAUACCCUCGUGAUACUUGUGCUGUGGCUCAGAGUAAGAGAGGUGAACAAGUAGCAUGCGUGCUACCGAGUAAGAGAGGUGCUGGUGCAGGUGGUCCUGGUGGUGGUGGUGGUGCAGGGAGCACUGCACUGCAGUAUUUGUUUCUCUGAUAAGUCUCAAAAUGGGGGGCACGACGGCAAUGGGUAUGUUUGGAGAAGUCUGGAAACACAGCAGCCAAACCCACCUAACGUGCACGCACGUAGACAGCAGCAGCAGCAGCACUGCUAGUGCCACUGCGAUGCAUCCUUCUGGGAGUUUGUUUUGGAUGCAACAAGGGAAUAAACUGCUACUACCGUUUAGGCUAGUACGGUAGUAAGUACCUAGGUAGGUACUGCUGUGCUGUGAUGUAAUACGGUAGGCAGAAUGAGCAUGCCCCUGUGUUCAUUGUUUCCAGAAUGACGAAAUCCGUCUGAUGGUCUGAAAAUCAGACCCGUUUUUUGCUGUUCAUCUAAUUUUUGGACGGGGUCUAAUAUUUCGUCUGAACGUCCAUACUUGUUAUAAAAUUUCGUCUGAAUUCACAGACUUCAGUCUAGCGGUUCAUCUGAGAUUUCAGAUAGCGAGGAUAUUCUCGUCUGACAGCGACAAUUCCACCCACCA